ACAUGUGGCUCUUUGCACUACUGUUUCUUACCCGGCUGUGCGUCAUGUCAGCUGACCACCCCUGCUCAAUACCAGGGGGUCCUGACGGAGUGUGUGGGUCUGGAGAUAUCAUUAUCGGCGGACUUUUUCCCGUGCAUACACUCAAGAAAAAAAGCAAUGACACUAAAUCUCCCCUCUCCGUGACAUGCGCUGGCUACGAUAUAAGGAUGUUCCUGCGGACCCAAGCGAUGACAUACUCUAUCGAAGUCAUCAACAGAUCUCCAAUUUUGCCAAAUUUGACCCUGGGAUAUGAAAUGUAUGACACUUGCGCAGAUGUCACCAUGGCGAUAAGAGCUGCGUUGAGGUUGAUGGAGGACAGAGGUCAUGCUGUUCAAGACUGUUACGCUCUGAGCAGCGAGUACACCGCAUCCGAGAAGAGCGUCAAGGCGGUCAUAGGCGAGAGGCACUCCGAGGUGUCCAUAGCUGUUGCCCGGCUCUUCGCGCUACCUCUUCUCCCACAGAUUAGCUAUUCUUCCACAAGUGAACUGCUGAGCAGGAAGCACAAGUUCCCCUCUUUUCUGCGCACCGUUCCAAGUGAUGCGCACCAAACUCGGGCAAUUGUCCAACUGGCUAAGAAACUUAACUGGGAGAGUAUGGGAGUUAUCGGCAGUGACGACGAGUACGGAAAAUAUGGAGUCGAACGAAUAAUCGAUUAUAUGAACAAUGAUGUGUGUCUGGACUUCAAGAAGAUUCUGUCGUCGAACUUUUCAGUUAAUGGCAGCCAAACCCGCGUGGAGCUGAACGAACUCAUGGGAACAAUCAAGAAUUCCACCGCAGAAGCCAUUGUCAUUUUCACCAAGGAUUCCAACGCGAGAAUCAUCUUGGAGGAAGCCGCCAGGCUGGGUGUCAACAGGACCUGGGUCGCGAGCGAUGCCUGGUCCACCUCCAUCGAGUUGGCUGGCCUGAAAGACAUUCAGCAGGUUGGGAGAGUAAUCGGUUUCACUGCGAAGAGAAACAAAGUGCCGGGAUUUAAAGAGUAUGUGCGCAACUUUACAGCGCACUCGUUUGCAAAUAACAGCUUUUUUCAAAAAUACUUGAGUCUUAAUCCAGCCUGCUCUAGGUCAUCGGACGAUGACGCUCUACAGAAUUGCUCAAUAUACGACACCGUGGAUGACUCUGAAAACAGUCCCGUGAAUUGUGUAAACAUUCAGUGCGUUACAGAAUAUAUUGACGAGGAUGAAUCCUACAGUAUAUACCUGGCAGUUAAUGUUAUAGCUCAUGCUUUGCACAGCUUGUUGAAAUGUAAUGAUGUGAGAUGUGAAAGAAACACAACAUUCUAUGCCUGGGAGCUUCUUGAAGAAAUCAAGCACGUUAAUUUCACCUUGGAUAACCUCACAAACAUAGCCUUCGAUCAGAACGGAGACCCUACCAUAGGUUAUGAGAUUCUGGGUUGGGAAAUGAACGGAGACAAAACUGAGAUCGUGCCAAUCGGAGAAUACAAACCAUCCGGCGUCAUCGCACUUAGGGACGACCUUGUCCGGGAAUACAGUAAUGUCACGGAGACGGUCUUCGGUUGCUUCAAAUCUUGCCCCCGAGGACACCAGCUUGUUGCAAAGGGAAAUCUGUGCUGCAAGGCCUGCGACCCCUGUGAGAAGAAGCAGUUUUCCAAAGGAGGAAAAGAGCAGUGCCAAGCCUGCAGUCAAACUGAGUAUGUGUCCCCAGAGAGGCACAGCUGUCUGAAGAAAGCUGUGGUUUACCUGGAGUGGACAGACGGAUUUGCCAUCGUCUUGGUGGUAUUUGGGGUCAUCGGGGGAAUCUUCAUCCUGCUGGUGACCAUUCUGUUUGUGAGGAAUCGGGACACGCCCAUCGUGAAGGGCGCAGGGGGGUACUGCUGCUUCCUGGUCCUGUUCUCGCUCUUCGCCUCCUUUGGGAGCCUCUGCGCCUUCAUCGGGAGGCCCUCAGAGAUAUCCUGUAGGGUGGGCCUCCCUCUCUUCGUCAUCGCCUUCACCAUCUGUGUCUCCUGCAUUCUGGCAAACCUCUACCAGAUAUUUGUCGGCUUCAAGUUCGACUCGGAGGUCGGUGACAGACUGAAGAGGUUCAACAAGCCGGUCGUCAUAGUGACAGCCUGCACAUCCAUCCAGGUGGCGCUGUGUGCCCUGUGGCUGUCACUGACGCCACCCUUCCAGCGGGACAAUUUUGGCAGCGAGGAUUUCAUCCUGAUCGAGUGCUCCAAGGGGUCCAACGCCAUGUUCGGCACCACGCUGGGCUACAUUGCACUCCUUGCUGUCAUCUGCUUCCUCUUCGGUUUCAAGGGGAAGCGCUUGCCUGACCUCUACAAAAACUCCAGCUUCAUCACAAUCAGCAUGCUGAUCUACCUGGUGGUGUGGAUCCUCUUCAUCCCCGUCUACAUCAACACAUCAGGGAAAUACGUCCAGGCCAUAGAGGCUACUGCCAUGCUGGUGUCAAAUUACAGCAUCCUCUGCUGUCACUUCGGCCCCAAGUGCUACCUUAUCAUCUUCAGAAAAGAAAUCAAUGAUGAAAACGUUAUCACAGAGCACAUCCGAAAGCAUUAUGAAAAUAAGGGCAUUUCAGUUGUAAACCCCAAGAAGUGA